AUGUCACAAAAUCCUUCCAGCUUGAAUCUAGGUACCACAGUUUGGGAUGCUAGCAUUGUGCUUGCAAAAUUUCUCGAGAAGAAUGCCCGGAAGGGGGAGUUCUCGCGCGCGAAUGUCAAGGGCAAACGUGCUAUUGAACUGGGAGCCGGCCCUGGCCUGGGCGGCAUGGCCUUUGCUUUGCUGGGAGCGGAAGUACUUCUGACAGACCUCGCUGACAUUGUGCCAUUGAUACGCAAAAACGUGGACGCCAACUUCACAACAGCUGCCUUGCAUGGUGCCCAAGCUGGCAGAGUGAGCGUGCAAGAGUUGGACUGGGGCAAUGAAGAGCACAUCAGCCAGGCAGCCGGGCCUUUCGCGUAUGUGCUGGCAGCUGAUUGUGUUUACCAUGAGGAGCACCUCCUUGCUCUGCGGCAGACCAUCAUCAGCCUGUCUGAUCUGAAGUCGACAGUGAUCAUUGCGAACGAGUUGCGAUCAGAGUCUGUCCAGUCCCGCUUCACGCAGCUUUUCGAGGAGCAAUUCACAAUCAAGAAGGUGCCGCAUGCAAAGUUGGAUCCAGAACAUCGCCACUCUGCAAUUCUCUUGUAUAUCUUGAAGCGACGGAAGCAUUUUUUUGCAACAGAUACUGAGCCAGGCGUUGGCUGA